CCUCGAUUUGCGUUCAUUCGUUCACCGACGGUUGUCGGUGCCGAAAGUGUUUGUCAGAAUUGAUAGUUCACAAUUACAGUUUCCCUUACGCCAUGGGACGCUUCUUUGAUAACGUUCUACGAGUGCUUGUCGUGUUGGCUUCAGUUUCCUCUGGAGUAAGAAGUCAUGUGAUAACGACUCCUCGUAAAUGGACUGUGGGUCAGGAGGUGCAGGUUUGCGUCUUCAUCGAAGAUGCUUCUGCUGCUUCAAACUUCAUAAAGCUGGUUGUUAAAGAUGGUGAUGCAGAAUUGAUUCCAGAGAGAGAAAUCCAGAUUCCACAAGGCAAAAAUCACCUGUGUGAUAAAGUGUUGGUGCCAUCACUGUCGCAGCGUGAAGGCAAACUUAUUGUCACUGGGGAAUUAGGAGGGACCGCUGUGUCAUACGAGAAAGACCUCUUAUUUGCAACAAAGACCUCAAAGACUUUUAUUCAGACAGACAAGUUCCUUUACAAACCAAGCCAAGAAGUGCAGUUUAGAAUAUUAACUUUGGAAGGGCCUUUUCUUAAAGUCUCUACGAAGAAGUAUCCACUGAUAUGGGUUGAAACUCCCUCGGGAAGCAGAAUUGUUCAGUGGAAUAAUGUAGAAAACCCAUCUGGCCUCAUACACCUGUCCUUCAAACUGUCAGAUGAGCCUGAGGAGGGUAAAUACAAAAUAUCUGUUCAGCCACAAGAUGGUGCAAGUACUGUUUCUCAGAUUUUUAAAAUAGAAGAAUAUGUACUUCCAAGAUUUGAGGUCAAGAUAAAUAACCCCAAGUACAUCCUAGGUACAGAUACAGAAUUUAUUUUCAACGUUUGUGCAAAGUAUACUUAUGGACAACCUGUGAAGGGUAAUUUGACUCUAAGAGUCAAUAAUGGAGGAUGGGGAAGUAGUAAGGUUGAGCAUGUCACGGAAAAAAAGAUCUCAGGAUGUGAAGACAUUCGUAUAUCAUCUGAAGAUGUCAAGCUGAAUGGACCUGAUUAUUCUGUUUACAGCUUAUCAGCUACAGCUGUAGUCACUGAAGAUGGCACAGGGGAGGAGUUUCUUGACAAUUCAAAGAUUGAAAUUGAACGAACUGCACUGAAGUUCAAGUCUGUUGGCAAGGAGAUUUUCAUAAAGCCAAAUUUGCCAUUUACAGGAAAGGUUAAAGCUGAAUGGCCAGAUGGUUCUCCUGCUUCAGAAGAAUUGAUGGAAGUAUGUGCUGGCUCAGUCUGCAAAAACAUGUCAACAACCUCAGAUGGAAUCCUAGAAUUCCUGGUCCCAAAUAACAUCAGUGAGAGCAUUUAUAUUAAGUCUGUGAAUUUUCCACGUAUUCAAAGUUCUACCUCCUCGUGGCGGUCCAUCAUGUAUGAAUCCAGUUACAGACAUCAUCUAAAAAAAUACUUUUCUCCAUCAAAUUCUUCACUUGUUAUUCAAGCCCCUGAGAACUCCCUACCUUGCCACCCAGAUGGUUCAAGAGAAAUUAUUCUCCCUGUUCUCUUUUCUGCUAAGAAUCAGCCAAGUGCAGUGUUUACAGUCCAGGUUAUAUCUCGUGGACAGAUUCAGUACACAAACACGGAAGAGUAUGACCUUGUAUCAUCCGACCUUCCAAUAAAAAGUGAUAACUUGAUAAGUACAUCUGAAUCACAACCUGAUCUUGUGCGUGGUGUUAUCAAUAUACCUAUAAGUCUCCCUUCAACAGCCUCUCCAUCUGCAAAGAUUGUAGUGUGGUAUUCCCGUGAGGAUGGCGAGGUGAUCUCAGAUUCUCAAGAAAUUAAGGUUUCCCGAUGUUAUACCAAUAAUGUCGACCUUAAUUGGUCUAAGAGCAAAGUACAACCAGGGGAAGAGGCCAACAUUAAGAUUUCUACUGAGCCACAAUCUACUUGCAGCCUAGGUGUUGUGGAUAAAAGUGUUGAGCUUCUUUCUUCUGAAAAUGACAAAUUAACAUUGGAAGAAGUGUUUGACUUAGUAGAGCAAAGUAUGAUCAAUGAGUACGAUAAUCCACAGACGGAAGAUUUUCAGUACUGUCGCAAGAAGAUGGAAAAUAGAGGGUCUUCAGAGACCCGUGGACCCGCUGGCCCCCCUGGUACUAGUUCUGGGUUUGUUCAUAUGCCAUGGGUGUUACGAUAUUACUCAGACUAUGUUGAUGCCUUGAAAAUGUUUGAUAAUUCAGGAAUAUACUUUAUGACAGAUCUUACAACUGAGACAAGACCUUGUGAAGAAUCAAGAUUUACUGAGUACUAUUAUGACCUUGACCUUGCCUUGGAGGACUCUGGAACUGAAGAAAACGAUUAUGCUAAUGAAGAAAACGAUUAUGCACUUUUAUCUGUAGAUAUUCCUGAUGGUUCUCCAGUAAAUUUAAGAGAUGGUUCUCCAGUAAAUAUAAGAACAGAUCACACAAAUUCUAAGCCUAGGACUUAUUUCCCUGAGACAUGGCUUUGGGAUGUGAUUUUUACUGUAUCAUCAGGCGUCAUUGAAAAAGAACUUACACUACCUGACACAAUCACUGAAUGGGUAGGAAAAGCAGUCUGCGUUCACCCAGUAAAAGGGUUAGGGGUGUCCCAGAGAGCUCCUAUCAUCACAUUCACACCAUUCUUCACUGAUUUGACUCUACCCCCAUCUGUGAAGCGAGGAGAAAUUCUUCCAGUAAAAAUAUCUGUUUUUAAUUACCUUGAGACUGAUUUGCCUGUAAAAAUUAUCCUACAAGAAAGCAGUGAGUAUGAAAUUUUGGAAGACCCUGAAAAUGAACUCCCUGCAGGUCAUCAAAGUACUUGCAUACCCCAACAAGACAAGAAAGUUCACACAGUGAAGAUUCGUCCUCUUGUUAUUGGAGAUGUGAAUAUCACUGUUGGUGCCUUUGUUGAUGAGGAGUAUCCUGAGGCAUGUGGGCCAGAAUACGUCAUUAGUAAGAGGGAUUUGUUGAUUAAGCCAAUCAAAGUUGAAGCUGAAGGAUUUCCCAGAGAGAAGACUUGGACGAAGUACAUUUGUUCUAAAGAUAUUGCUGAGAAUGUUGAUUUCUUAGAGAAGUGGGAUAUGGAAGCUCCUUCAGAUAUAGUACCUGACUCGGCCCGUGGUUGGGUCACAUCUGUUGGAGAUUUGCUUGGACCAACACUAGAGAACCUUGGGUCUCUUGUUCGCAUGCCAUAUGGAUGUGGUGAACAAAACAUGUUGAAUUUUGCUCCUAAUAUCUUCAUUCUUCAGUACCUAGAUGCCUCUAAUCAGACAACAAAGGAUAUUGCCAAUAAGGCAAUUGAUUUCAUGAAGCAAGGAUACCAACGUGAACUCAAGUACAGACAUCAGGAUGGAUCAUACAGUGCCUUUGGGAGUUCUGAUGAAUCUGGUUCUACUUGGCUGACUGCUUUUGUACUGAAGUCUUUUGCUCAAGCUCGCCAGUACAUUCAGAUUGACGGAGAUGAUCUAGACAUGAGUCGAGACUGGCUGAAGAUGAAACAAAUGGAGAAUGGAUGUUUUCAGUCUGUAGGAAAAGUAUUUCACAAGGGAAUGAAGGGUGGCAUUGCUGGUGCAGGGUCUCCAGUUCCUCUUACAGCUUAUGUUUUGAUAUCUUUACUGGAAUCUGGUGAGCCGCACACAAGUAAAGCUAUCAGUGAAGCAGCCUUUUGUUUAAAUGCUGACAAGUCUGAAAAUCCAUAUACGAUUGUACUCACAGCAUAUGCUUUAGCAUUGUCACAAGAGUCAAAUGCCAAUAAUGUUGUGCAAAAGAUGAUUAGUUUGGCCACAGAGACAUCAAAUUCUAUGCACUGGGAGCUGCCCGAAGGAUCAGGUAUGAGUGAUGCUGUUGCAGUAGAGACAGCUGGCUAUGCUGUUCUAGCAAUGAUGACUCUUGACCCUGAAAAUUAUGUAACUCAAGCUAGAAAAGUUGUUAAAUGGAUUUCAUCCAAGAGAAAUGGUCAGGGUGGCUUUAUAUCUACACAGGAUACAGUUGUGGCACUACAAGCUUUGGCUGUAUUUGAAGCACAUCAAGAUAAAGGUUCAACUAACUUGGUGGUCACAGUUGAUGGUGAUGGCCUUGAACAUCACUUUUUCAUAGAUGACUCUAACAAGCUACUUCAACAGAUGGUUAAAAUUCCAAGUUUUCCAAACAGUAUCAUCUUGGGUAUGGAAGGAGAAGGAUGUGCUCUUGCACAGGCAGUUCUUCGAUAUAAUGUCCCUGAACCCAGCCCAAGUGAAGCAUUUGAACUUGAAGUUGAAACUGAUACUGCUCCUGAUUCUAAGUGUGUAACAAAGAGAAUAAAAACUUGCGCUUCCUAUCAGCAUCCUGAUUUGAAGUCCAAUAUGGCUGUGAUAGAAGUGAACUUGGUCUCUGGUUACAUUCCAGAAAAGGCUGACUUGAAGAGAAUUGUUGGUUAUGGCGCAGGAUUGUUCAAACGAUAUGAAGUUGAUGGAAAUAAAGUGACAUUUUAUGUUGACGAGAUGUCUAAAAAUAAAAUAUGUUUAACAUUCCGAAUUAUACGUGAAGUUGACAUGGAGGAUGUGAAACCUGGAACUGUAAAAAUAUAUGAUUACUACCAGCCAGAAUUCACUGUUAGUAAGAGUUAUACUCUUCCUCCCAAUGAUGUUUGUGAUUUUGGACCAUCAGUUGUUAUUGAUGGGAUCAUAGUAGAUGAGGAAGUAGAAGAUUCUACAUCGGAUGUUCCUUUUGAUGCUAUUGAUGAUCUCCUGGGAGUUCUUGAUGAGAUGCCAUGAGAUAAAAGUGGUAAUUGUGGUAAUCUAACCCACAAAGUGGAGAAUAUCGAAAUGGUAAUUCAGCACCCAAAUUGACAAACUAAUGCCAUUCAUAGUAAACACCAGUAAGGAUUAGAUGAAAAUUUAUUACUGUAACUGGUUUUAUUUCAAAGUUGGCCCUUGGAUUUUUCAGAAAUUAUGAAAUGUGUUAUGUUUAUAUAAAAAUGUCUUAUAGUAAAACUGUUGCCUAUUUAUAAUUUUAUUAAAAAAUUAAAAAGAAAAAUUGAGUGAAAGUAUCUUAAUCUCUGAUACUUUGAGACCAUCAAUAUUCUAGACCCCCCCCCAAAAAAAAAUCAACACAAAAAAUGUAUUUCUCCUCAACUGUUUAAUCUUCAUUAAUAGGCUAAGUAUUAGCCAGAAUAUGUUUUAAUUUUUCUUUAUAUGAAUGGAAAACCUACAAAUAAAAUUAUAUGGGCACUUCCCACUGUCAGUUUUAUAGAAAGUGGUUGUUAUCAAUUUUGUCUCAAGACUUGAGUUGCUAAAAUUCCAGUACUUAUUCUAAUUGAUAUUUAAUAAAAAUUCAUGCACAGCUUUAAACUUUUGGUUCUCUUACUGUGACAGGAACUGUGCCCUUUGAUUACGUUUUAAGAUUAAAAUAAAACUCUGAAAAGAAA